AUGAACGAUUAUGGGUACGGGAAAAGGGGUGGUAGAGAGUACGACAGACGCGGAGGGAGCAGAGGCGACGAUGGUGAUUAUGAAGAUUACGACAGAAGAACCACCCUUCAACGCCUCGACAGCAUCCAAGAUCCCGGGAAACGUUAUCUUCUCAGAGAAUGCAUCGGUUCAGGCGUUUGCGGGGACGUUUUCGAAGCUAUCGAUCAACACGCUGACAACAAAAAGGUCGCAGUAAAGGUGCAAAAGCUGACUGCCGAUUCGCAGUCGUCGAUCAUCGAAGAGUACAAGGUUCUACGAGAUUUGGCGACUCAUCCGAAUCUGCCGGACUUUUACGGGAUCUAUCGGAGAAGAUCGGGGAAAAAGACCGAGUACGAUCAAGUAUGGUUCAUCAUGGAGCUGUGCGAUGGCGGAACCGCGAUGGACCUCGUACGCGGUCUCAUCUCCAUGGACAAGAAGCUGCGUGAGGAACACAUAGGUUACAUUCUGAGGGAAGUGAUCAAGGCAGUGGUGUAUCUCCACGAGAACAACGUGAUGCAUCGCGACAUACGCGGCAGCAAUAUUUUGCUAACCAGAGAAGGUGAAGUGAAGCUGGUCGAUUUCGGGCUGUCGAGGACGAUUCAAGGUGAAAUGGGGAAGAGGUACACUUGCGUGGGUUCGCCCUGUUGGAUGGCACCGGAAGUCGCGUUGAGCAAAGGGAGCAGCAGCGACGGUUACGGAAGUCGAGCGGACGUCUGGGCGAUCGGAAUCACAGCGAUCGAAUUGGCCGACGGCAAGCCACCCUUUCAAGAUAUGCACCCGACCAGGGCCCUGUUUCAGAUUGUUCGCAAUCCGCCCCCGAAUUUAUACAGACCGUCCAACUGGUCGCAAAACUUCAACGACUUCAUCGCAGAAUGCCUCGAGAAAAAUCCCGACAAUCGACCCUUUAUGGCGGAAAUAUCCGAGCACCCAUUUCUAGCCGAGUUACCCGACAACGAGUACCUGCUGGCGCAAGAGCUCAAAGUAUUAAUGAUGGAUGCCUGCGCGAAAGGUAAACUCGAGAGAAGAGCCGAGGUGUUGGUCCGAAAGGGUUUCCUAAAGACGCAUCAGACGGAUCCUCUGGAGCCGAUGUUCAUGGAAGACAUCGCCGCCCUCGAAUCGUUGACCGAGGACACCGUACUGGACGAGCUCCACGAGAGACUGAGGCAAGGUUAUUUCCACAGUUUCGUCGGCGAAAUUCUUCUGAUAUUAAAUCCGAACGAACAGCAGGACAUAUACGGAUCUGACUACCACACGAAAUAUCAGUUUAAAUCACGAUCGGAUAACGCGCCCCACGUGUAUUCCGUGGCCGAUAGCGCUUAUCAGGAUGUGUUGCACAACGAGGAGCCCCAGCACAUUUUAAUGGCGGGCGAAAGUAAUUCGGGGAAAACGACGACCAUGAUGCAUCUGAUACAACACCUCAUGUAUCUCGGAAAAAGCUUACAAGACACCGGGGCGAGAUUACUGCGGGCGAUCAAAGUGAUUCACGCGUUCAGCAACGCGGCCACACCUUUGAAUCCGAACUCGACCAGAUGCAUACUGCAAAUACAAACGACCUACGGCUCAUCCGGUAAAGCUUCCGGCGGCAUAUUUUGGUUGUACCAGCUGGAGAAAUGGCGGGUUUCUACACGGGACAGAAAUCAAUCGAAUUUUCACGUGUUCUACUAUUUCUACGACGGCCUCGACUCGAUAAGCAAACUGAAGCAGUACAGUCUAACAGCGGGACGAAGGAUGCGGUAUCUUCGAAUCAGCGACAAGGGCACUGAGAGAAAACGAUCGUUCAAAGUACGAAACGAUCCCCGUGGCAACGUGAUGAAGUUCGAUCAACUGAAGGAGAAUCUACGAAUCUUAGAGAUGGAGGAGUAUUGCGAGACGAUCUGGAAGAUACUGGCUGGGAUCCUGAUUCUGGGCGAGAUUCGAUUCGUGGAAGGUAACAACGGCGACGCCGAAAUGGACAACAAUGACGCGUCCAACAAAGUGGCCGAACUUCUAAAUCUGGAAGAGAAAAAAUUCGCCUGGGCUCUGGUGAAUUACUGCGCGAUUGUAAACGGCAGCGUUGUGCGCAGAAAGCACACCUGCGAGGAGGCGAAAGAAGCGAGAGACGUGCUGGCGAACACGAUCUACCAGCGGCUGGUCGACUGGAUAGUGAACACUAUCAAUCAUAAGUUCACGGUUACCCGCGCGUUAUUUGGCGACAAGUACACCAUCAACGUGAUGGAUCUAUUCGGAUUCGAGUGCGUCACGGCGAAUCGGCUCGAGCAACUGAUAGUGAACACGAUGAACGAACAGAUGCAGUGCUAUUACAAUCAACGGCUGUUCGCAUGGGAAAUGCAAGAGCAAGAGGAGGAGGAUAUACCGAUGCAACGUUUACACUUCUACGACAACAAAGACGCGAUCGAUCAGCUGAUGAGCAAGGACAGGGGCUUGUUCAGUAUAAUCGACGACGCGUCGAAGAACCUUGUCGAUUACCAAUACAUUCUGACCAAGAUAGAACAACAAUCGGACAACGUCUACGUGAAACCGGUGAGCUCGCACGAGUUCACGGUCGCGCAUUACACAGGGAAAUUGGUCUACGAUGCCAGCGAAAUGGCCGAGAAAAAUCGGGACUUUAUGCCGCUGGAAAUGAUCGAAACGUUCCGGCAAUCGAACGUCGUGAUCGUGAAGGAGAUGUUCACGAACAGGCUGACAAAGUCUGGAAACUUGACGAUCGUGGUGGAGCACGCGAAAAUUACGGAAAAGAAGACCAACAAAGGGAAGUGGGGCGCACUGAUGCAAGAAACGUCCAAGCCAAAGAGAUUCAACACCGCGUCCCGGGGACAAUAUUCGCAAACGCGAAAAAUGCGAACGUCCGCGGCCACGUUUAAAUCCACCAGCCUGGAAAUCCUUAAGAACUUUUCGGGAGGUAGCGGAAGCGGUGGUCUCCACUUCAUCAGGUGUAUAAGGUCGGACCUCGAGGGGGCGCCUCGUGGCUUCUAUAGAGAGGUCGUCAGACAACAGAUCCGAGCGUUGGCUAUUCUAGACACCGCGAAAGCCAGACAACGGGGUUAUCCCUACAGAAUGUCGUUUCAGGAAUUCCUUCGAAGGUACCAAUUCCUGGCAUUCGAUUUCGACGAGAACGUCGAAAUAACGAAAGAGAAUUGCCGACUGCUGUUGAUCAGAUUGAAAAUGGAAGGUUGGAUGCUCGGGAAGACCAAGGUCUUCCUGAAAUACUACAACGAGGAAUAUCUGUCGCGUUUGUACGAGACGCAGGUGAAAAAGAUCGUAAAGGUUCAGUGUAUGAUGAGAGCGUUCCUGGCGAAGAAGAACAUGGCGUCGAAGAUCACGGGAACGAAGAGAGAAGUCGUGAAGCAAGCGUCAUUAAAGAGGAAGGAGACGGUGGAUAUAUCGGAGGAUCAGGCGGCGGUAAUGAUACAGAAAGCGUACAGGGGUCACGCAGUGAGGAAGGAAAUGGCACCUCUUCUAGGGAAGGGCCCGAUGGAUCCGGAGACGAUGGACAUGAUGAAAUUCUACAGCAGCAAAUGGAGGUCGAAGAGCAUAUUCCAAGUCCUCCUACGUUACCGUGCAGCCCGUUAUCAAGACCUCGUGCACUUCUCGCAGCAAGUGCAUCUGUUCAAUCAAGCGAUAGUAGCAACACUGGAUGCGACGAAUGAACACGUGUCCAUAAACCAAAUCGACCCGAACGUUUCGUCACUUUCGUACUUAGGCCAGUUGAAACCACCCCAAGUGCACAAGUUACCAUUCAACUUUUAUAACGAGUUACCAUUUCUCGACAUGAAGAGUUCUAGGAAACUGAAAGGUGUCGGAUCCGCGUCGUCAUUGGCGUCUGACGACGAGCACGAGGCCUGGGACGCGCCAUUACGGAGACAAACGGUGCCUUGGGCCAUCAGGAACACUCGUACCAGAGACGUCGAGGUGCAAACGACGAACUCGCCACAUCGAGUGGCACACACGGGCACCGAGGGAAAAAGAGACCCGAACACCCCGGUUCAAUGUCCACCGGAAGACACAGCCCAAAGCAGAAUGGGUAGUUCCGGAAUUCAGCGUCCUUCAAGCAACCGUAGCCCCGUACCAUCUGCUAACGCUCAUACUCCUCGCUCAAACACUUACGACAGCACCGGGUCGAUACGCUCUAGAAAACACGCACCGCCUCCACCUGUUCCGUUCAAUCAGACCCAACCACCCCCGACACGUAGCACCGAUCACUACAGUUCGAACCCUCGAUGGAAAAGCAACGUGAACACCGGUAGCAACGAUUGGGACGUCGAGGACAAAGUCAACAGGAACGCCGGCAACCCUAAUCGCAUCAAUCCCAUUCAGGAAAUGCAAAUGAUAGGCCGCAGGAAUAACAACGAGGGUAACGAAGACGACGACGAGCCACCUUUUAACUUUCAGGCGAUGCUGAGGAAGACGGGUCAUCAACGAGCAUCGAUGAAACGCAAUCCCGUCUACGAUAGCUACUCUCCGUCACCACUGCCAGGUUCGAGAUCUCGCGGGAACCGCGAAACCGAAUCGAACGUCGUUUAUAAAAGCGGCGGAAGCCGUCGAGAUUCUCCCGAGUGGAGUCCAAACGAGAUGGUAAGGAUGUCCGAGAAAUAUGGAAAGGAGGGAGCCUGGGGCGAGGAUCGAUCAGAAGAUCGAGGCAUCGUUACCACGGAUAGUGUCACCACCGCCGAGAUUGCGCCAGGAAUCGUUAUCGAGGGUUAUGUGGCCGAGUUGUAAAAUUCGAGCGAACAAACCCGAAAACUUCUUGCGUAUCGAACCAGGACAAAAACUGGACCAGUUGGAAUUGCUAAUACCGCGAGAGGAUGAGACGAGAAAGAGAGAAAGAGAGAGAGAAAGAAAGAAAAAACUAAAGAGAAGCCCGAAAGAUACCUGUAGCUGUCCCAACGGAAACAAAUGCACGACUCGUAUGAUUCGAACGACCGAUACCCCAAUCCACCGUCGUUGCUGACUCGGAGAGAAUUUC